UUAGAAACAAAAACACGAUUUUCCCCCAGUAGUGUACGAAAUAUUUUAGGGGGGAAACCUGCUUGUUUCUCCACACAGUGUUGUAAAGAACGAGCGCGAGCGCGGUUUGUGUUGUAUGCCAACAGCGAGUCGCUCUGUUUUUCGAAAAAUUCUGUAUGGAAAAAUACAUUUUUCCGCACACCAUUUUUGUCCCAAAAGAUCUAGCAGGGAUUUUCAUAUACCUAAUUUGAAUGCUCUAUAUUGACGUAUAUUCCUUUGUUGUGCAGCUAAAACCCUAAAAUCAAAGAUGCCAUCCCUUCUGGAAGCUCUGGAACAAAAAUACGGAGAUCCCCGAUCGGCCGAUUCGGAUUCCAGUCCCGACGACGAUUCGGUCGGUAUAUCCGUGGCCAUAUUUGUGCCUUGCAAAUCACCUAGAGCUGCCGUACCAGCCCUCCUAGUACUAAACGAUUGUGAUAUAGCUACAGCUGGUGAAAGGGAAGCUUUGGUAGCUAAGUGUUCAAAUGUUGAAGAACUGGAUUUGGCUAAGAAUAAAUUGGAUCAAUGGACUGAGGUUUUUGGGAUUCUGGAACACAUGCCCCGUUUAAAAUUUGUCAAUUUAAGCUUCAACAGCCUAUCGAAGCCGAUAGAUGUUAGCCUGGACAAACGCUGGACCGAAUUGCGGAAUCUUGUAUUGAAUUCGACUCAUGUCAAUUGGGACAGCGUCCAGAAAAUCCUCAAACACUUGCCCAGCUUGGAAGAAUUGCAUCUCAGUCUAAACGACUAUAAUAAUGUGGCUUUGCAUGAAACUUCAACAGACUGUGAUUGCCAGAAUAAAACCGACAAUGAUAAUAAUUGUGAACAACUGCAAAAAAAACAUUCUGUUAUUAGGAUUUUGCACUUUACCGGAAAUCCCGUGCAAAAUUGGCGAGAGAUUACCAAAUUGGGCUGCGCCUUUCCGAAUCUGGACACUUUGGUGCUGGCAGAGUGCCCCAUCAAAUCUUUGGAUAUUAAUAAUGAGGAUCCUCACAAUAGGAACUAUGAAAGUGAUCCGGUGAGGCCUGAAUCGCCUCACGAUUUUUUCAAUUCUUUGAAAGUCUUAAAUUUGAAUUCGACCGAUUUGUCUUCAUGGGACGAUGUUGAACGUUUGGCCAAGUUUCCUUCGUUGCGGUGUCUUCGAUUACAGGGUUGUCCUCUUUGGGAAGGCAACGAGUACACGGAACACGAGCGCAGACAAUUGUUAAUCGCCCGAUUGCCCAACGUCCAAACCCUUAACGGUGGAGGAAUUAUUUCAGCCGAUGAAAGGGAAGAUGCUGAAAGGGCCUUUAUCAGAUACUACAUGGAUAAACCUGAAAGUGACCGUCCUGAAAGAUACUUUGAGCUGGUCCAGAAACAUGGCAAACUAGACCCGCUGGUCAAUGUAGACCUCAGACCGGAAAAACGUGUAAAAAUCACUUUCACUUGCGGCUCAAACAGCGAAGUCCGCUCGGUUGAUAUUUACCGUACUGUGAGCGAUCUUAAGACCCGAUUGGAAGGUUUCGCUGGAUUUCCCGCUUCGAAAAUGCGCCUGUUUUACGUCGACCAGGAUUUGAGAGAUAUACAAGGUCCAGAAAGUAUGCGUUUUCCAUUGAAACAGCUUUUUAGCUACAAUAUUCGAUCCGGAGAUGAAAUUAUUAUUGUGUGCAAGCAGGAGUGUAAAAAGAGGAAUCACAGCGAGUCCAAUAUUUCAGAGAAACAAGAGAGGGCGAUGUACAACCUGUAGCCCCCCCAAAUUAAAACCCAGGCAGCUUUACUGGAUUAUUUUUAACGUAUUUAUUACUAACCCCAAAAUCCUCCUCAAAGAAAAAAGCACUUUUUACUAAAAAAACUGAUUAUAUUUGUUGUUAGAAUUUGUAUUUUACAUUUGGUCCUAAAACUAAGUAAUGAUAAACUGAACCUAAGAUUUGUCCAGCUUUUGGAUAUUAUUGGCAGGACCCUGGAUAUUUUAGUAUUUAGUCAUUUAAGGUUUUUUUGUUUGUUUUAGGCCCAGUUUCACAAUUGGUGGUUAUCAAACUCAUAGUUGCGGGCUGACAACAUUCAAUUAUCUGAGGAUUCACCAAUGGUUUUUGCUAAAGCACACAUUAUGAAACUAGUGUCUUGUGGUUACCGCUGUUUGUGAAACUGGCCCUUAGUAGUUAACAUUUUGUGAUAUUUUUGCCAAGAUUUCUUGAACAUUUUUCUGGGCGCAAAAUAAAACUGCCAUGUAGUUUUAUUCUAUAUUAAUUUGUGUAUUAUUUUUGUUUUAAAUUAUUACUUAUUUGGUGGUUGUAAUUGAAUUUUAUUUUUUUUGAAAAGUAGAGAUUGAUCCGGCUGAUUUUAUAUAUAGUCGAUCUUUGUGAUAAUUUUACUGAAAUAAAUUAGUAUUCGUAAGGUCUGUAUACAAUAAAAACAUCACUAA